AUGCGGUCCGCUCUUACUGGUGGUGGUGAGAUCGGAGAUGAGAUUUUUGUCCUGCAUAACAGCGCUAUGUCCAAGCGCGAACAGUAUUAUUUGACAAAGAUCGUCCUUGUCCUCAAAUGGGCCCUGGCAGGAGACAAGGCCAACGAGACCUACUUUGGUCAAGCCAUCGUUUCAAAGCAGAAACCAAUCAUGGCACGAAUGAGCACCCCAGGAAUGGUCGAUGCCGUGGAGGGAUUGUACGAGGAAUGUGCACGGUCGAGGAAAAAAUGUUUCGGAUGCGUGACGAGUGCCGAGUGCUAUUCGUCCAAUGCUGGUUGCAUCCGGUCCAGAGGCUGCAAGAUGAUCGUCUCAUACGAGCCGACAGAUACUCCUAGUAACCUCGAGUUUGCCGUCUAUGCUCGCAUUAGGGACAGCAGUGAUACCUACGUCGCCGUCGGGCUCUCUCUUCAACCAAAAAUGGUGGAAGACGAUGGUCUGAAACUUCUGCAGGGGAUUGGGGGAGAUCAAGAGGUUUUCUGCCGAUUCACCAAAGAUUUCACGAAGCAGGAAGGGAACUUCACAAAUAACCCCGUUCACAUCCUCCUCGCUGCUGGCUACUCUUCUCCAGAGGGCAUAGAAUACCACGUGUUCAGGGCGGCGAAGAAGGAGGCAGAAGUCCUCAUUAACGUGACAUCUAGAUACGAGGAAGAAGUGGAAAAAUAUCCUCGAGAAACUUUACUCGACUUCCACAAUGCGCAGCCAGGGAAGGAGAAUAGACAUGGAUCCUCCACUCUGGUGGACACAAGUGACACUUCAGGAGGCAGAUUUGAAAUUCCAGUUGAAAGAAAUGACAUUCAAGUGGAGAAACCAAGGAUUGCGGGGAUUAGGUCCGAAGAGGCCCUGGCCGAAUCGAGGACCAAUUUCAUCCAAUUAUUUCAGAAUCAGGUUUCUGAAGAUAUCUACAACGGGUGUGGAACAUCGAAGAUUUGCUUCGGGUGUACUGACUCGGACAGCUGCACGUGGAGAGACGCUGGCUGCAUCAAUGCCAGGUCUUGCUCUAUGGUGGUCUCAUUCCAGAGCGGCCCCCAAGGAGGCCUUUCUGUCCGUCUACAAGGCACGUAUUCCCAAGAUCCUGGCUAUGUCGCCCUUGGAUUCUCCACCGAUGCUCGAAUGGGUGGAGAUGCUGUGAUUGGAUGCAUCAACCAAGGAGGCUCAGUUAAUAUAUCUCGUUCAUUCAAUCCAUCCGGAGAGAAGACAAAUGUCCUGCUUUCGGCUAGUGAGGAAACGGCGGGCUUACAAGGAGAGAGUGGAAGCUAUUCAGAUGGAAGCAUUUUCUGCAGUUUCACUUUGGCACCAGAGAUAUCCGCAAACGGCCAGAUAUUCAACUUCACCACCACGCCUUAUUUCCCCCUUCUAGCAGUGGGGCCAGCCUCCUCCGCAGGUCAGUUGCAAUACCACUCCAUGAGAGCGUCUUCGUUGGAUGCUGUUGAUUUCCUGAAACAGGAAGAUCCAUACGAGAGUUGUGGGGAUACAAAAAAAUGCAUCGGGUGUGAAGGAAACCUCUGCGUAGAAUCAGAUGGAUGUCUUCGAGACAGAACCUGCGAAAUGUUUCUGUCAUUUAUACCUGCAAAGCAAGACGAAACUUCCAUCACCAUCACCAUGAUGAGACGGGAAGCUGGGCAGUCAUCGUACGUUGCCAUGGGAUUCUCCGAAGAUCAGCUAAUGGAGGAGCAGGGAGAUGGACUUGCAGAAAUGUCAAGUUCUUACAGAGAUGGUGUCCUGAUAUGCACAUUUACGUACGAUUUAGUAACAAAGUCGGCCCUUGGUGGGAGCCUAGAUUUAACGAAUGCCAACCUCUAUCUCCUUCUCGCCAAGGGUGAAACUACCUCUCCCGAUCGCGAGACUGGGCUUCAAUAUCAUGCAAACCGGGGGACUUCUCUAUCUCAGUUUACUUUCAUGGACUCAUCUGAUUCAUUUACCACACCUGCAUCUCCAGCUUCAACUGCCGUAGAUUCAUUUGCUUCUUCAUUUGUCACAGCUCCACCUACCUCGACUUCGUCUAUCGAACCCGUCACUACGUCCAAGGUUACGGUGAAUAUCUUCGAACAUAUUGUGUUCCUAGGACACCGAUCUGAUCUGUCUCAAUUUCUCUUUGAGUGA